UUCCUUUAUUAUUAUAAAAGUUUGAAAUGCAGUUUAAGAAAUGGGAACGUUAAAUUGUGGGAUUUUUUUAAGAAAUGUAAACGUUUUCCUUUUAUUAUGGAGAUACCACUAAUCUCUAUUUAAUUUUUAUUGAGAUCAGUGGAAGACACGCAGUCUGUAAUACAAGGGUGUGUGUGUGUGUGUGUUUCCUUUUUAAUUUUCAUUAAAAGUGUGGUAAGUAUUUUUUGAAUUACCUUGACGAUUGAUAGUAACUUAUUAUAUUUAUCAACAUUUGUAGUGAUGGAAUUUUAUUUGGGAGACAGUAUAUUAAGAAGGAUGUUGGCAACGGUGUGCAAACGGAAAGUUCGGUGGAUGCACGGCAAGCGUUUGGUGGAUUUAUGUAUCGGGGGCCAAACUAUAACGCAAUUAAGACGAAGAAUCGAGAGGUCGCGUAAUGCAGCUUCUAAAUGGUUUGUGCCACGGAAUGUUCCUCUGGUUAUUUUGAUUGGUACGAACGAUAUUUCAAGAGGCGUAAAGGCUUCCGUUGCCAUUAGAAAUUUGAAGGGGUUAUUACGUACCUUAAGGAAAUGGACGUUACAAUAUCGAGCCCUGCUGUGCACCGUUCCUCCCAUGAUCCGUACUGGGCAAAGCGUACAAAUCGAAUUGUCCCAAUACAAUGCGGCGAUUAGAGAUAUAUGCUCUAAUCGCCGUGAUGUUUUUAAACUUAUCGAUUUGUACGCCUUGUUUCAGUGCGAGAAUGUGGAACGUAUAUUCGAACGUGAUGGUAUACAUCCGAACGCAGCAGGGUUGAAAAAAAUAUACCGUGCCAUUCGAAGUACGUAAUAAUCGUUUCAGAUUUAUGAUGGCAAUUGAAGACGAUUCGCCUUUUGAAAUACGUUAUACAGGGUUAUUACAAAUAAUGUUGAUAAUUGCAAGCGUGCAUUAAUCUAGUUUUAUUUAUCAUACAAAGAAAUAAGAUAGAUACAUUCUUAGGAAAAAUAUUUAGUAUAUUAUAAACAUACCAAUCCAUUUUUAUUUUCAAUCGAAAUCGAUAACAUCAUCUAUCUGUAAUAAUCCUGUAUUAUCAAAUCAUUUAGUUUCUGCUUAUUCGUUCUUCCGAUUCUUCUUUUUAAUUGAGUCGAAUUGCUGUGCAUUCGCCUGUCAAAGUAUUGCAUGGCAUGCCGUUGUUAACAUCAGGUAAAAAAAGAAGGUACCUACUUUUUUCAUUUGUAGUAAUUUUCAUUUUUUUUUGUAGAUUCAUCACCUAACUAAUUUCAACCGUCUCGCUUCAAAUACUUAAGUUAGCGCUUUUACCCGGUGAGAGAUUACGCAAAUGACAUUCUGUUGAAAAAAUUUCAAUUUGCAUCCUUAAGUACAAGCAGGAAGUGUAUAAGUGUUGCUUUUCUAUGUAAUUUUUAUUGCAAAAUAAUAUUGACUUUACAUGUUUGUACAAUUGUAUAACAUUUUUUGUUCCACGUCUGUCAUCUAGGCAUGUAGUUAACUUUUCAUUUACCUAUCUCAAUGUCGAACAAACUCUUAAAAAAAUUCUUCAUUUUAUAACAUGUGAUUUUUAUUAAUAUCUGUAUUACUAACUUAAAGCUAUUGUUAAAUGUAAUUAAUUUAUCAUUAUUUUCAUAUGUUGUUGAUGCUGUUGUAAAUAUAAUUUUCCGCAUCAUUUAUGUAGCCUCACGGCAAAAUAAUUUUUAUUUUUGGGUAUUAUUCAAUUUCAUUCGAAUCUAAUAUUGCUUUGUGUAGCUUAGAGGCAAAUCGAUUUUAUUUUUCGAUCAUUAUGUUAACGGCAACGUUUAUUUAUAUUGCAUUCACUUGAGCUGUAGCUAUAUAAUUUUGUUCUUUUUGAAAGCUUCUAUCUGUUGGGACAAUAAACAUUAUUAUUAUUAUUCAA